AGUUUUCAAAGAGCAUAUUUGAAUAGGACAUUAGAAGAGAAAUUUUGUUGGUAAACAAUUGGAGAGACAUUGUACUGGGUUUUUUAAAAAAUAGAAGGUUUUAAAAGAUACUAGCAAGAAUUUUUAGUUAGUGAAGAAUCUUUGCGAAAAUCUCCCUGUAUGCUUGAUCUACCAUGAGCCAAGAAAAUCUUGUGCAUGUGUCCAAACGUGUCUCGAUAAGAACACUAACAACACAAGAUAGUCUUGACAAUUACAAGGAUGAGAAAAGCGAAGAACAGAGCACCAAAAGAGAAAGCAAAGUUGUUGUAUCGUAUAAAACAUUACAAAAGACCUUUAAGUCAUUUAAUAUAAACAGUGGUGUUGAGCAACACAGAAGUAAUGACAACAGAUGUGCAGAACCUCCUAUUGUGAAAGCUUGUUUUAAUGGCAAUGCAGAUGAAAUUCGAUGUCUUGUCUCUAAAGGAGAAGAUGUCAACUACCAGGAUUCUGAGAAGCGCACACCACUACAUGCUGCUGCACAUUGUGGUGAAUUGGAAUGUUUAAAAGUUCUCAUUCUAAGCGGUGCAAAAGUGAAUGCCAAAGAUUCAAGAUGGCUGACACCAUUGCAUAGAGCUUGUGCAGCUGGAAAUGAGUCAUGCAUACGAGCGUUGCUUGAAAACCAAGCAGAUGUGAAUGCAAGAGACAAGAACUGGCAAAUACCACUACACAUCGUAGCUGCUCACAAUAAGCUGCAUGCUGCAGACGCAUUGCUUCCUCUUGUCAGUAAUGUGAAUAUAACAGACAGAGCUGGGAGAUCUAGUUUGCAUCAUGCUGCUUACAAUGGCCAUGCAGAGAUGUUAACUUUAUUGAUGUUUCGAGGUGCGAAUGUGAAUGCUACGGACAGAAAAGACAGGCGGCCACUACACUAUGCAGGAUUUAUGGGACAUCGUGAGAUCUUACACAGACUGGCAAGUAAUAAUGCUGAGCUCAACUGCGUGGACAAGAAGGGCUAUACACCUCUUCAUUCUGCUGCAUCCAUGGGACAGACAGAUGUUGUGUCGGAUCUUCUAGAUUUUGGUGCUAACGUUGGUGCUAAAACAACAGCUGGCAACACUCCAUUGCAUAUAGCUUGUCUAAAUGGGCAAGGCAGCAUCAUUGCUGUCCUGAUGAAACACAAUGCUGAUGUUAACGCUUUAAAUAAUAACCAGCAAACGCCACUCCACCUAGCGUGUGCUAGCCAUGCUGGUGGGAUGUGUAUCGAUUUGUUGCUUGAUCAUGGAGCAGAACCAGACCUCCAAGACACGUUUGGCCGCUCGCCCAUUCAUACUUGUGCUGUCCAUGGACAUGUAUCGAGAGUAAGAUCUUUGAUGGAAAAAGGCGCGAAGAUUAAUGUUAUGGAUAAAAAAGGGAACACACCCCUCCAUCUAGCAGCUAAAUAUGGACAUGAACUGUUUGUGAUGGAAUUGUUGAGUCAAAGUGGUGAUCCAUACAUGCGUGGCGAAGAUGGUAUGACUGUGUUGCAUAUGUCAGCGUUGGGUGGUUUCACAGAUUGCAGUCGAACUUUAAUUGCACACGGAUGUAAUGUCAAUUCAAUUGAUGGAAAUGAUCGUACUCCGCUUCACUGUGCUGCUUGCUCUGGAAAUCAUGAAUGUUUACAACUGUUAGUCCGACAAGGCGCGGAGGUUGAUUUAUCUGACAAGCUAGGUCGUACACCCCUUCAUUAUGCAUCAGCUUUCGCUCAUCAUAAGUGUGUGAAAGUUCUUCUUGUCAAAGGUUGUUCGGUUGAUAAGCAAGACACAAACAGGUGUACUCCGUUACAUUACGCAGCUGCCAAAGACGAAGAUGCUUUAUCGAUUGAACUGCUUCUCAAGUAUCGCGCCACUCCCAAUCUAGAAGACAAACAAGGUUUCCUUCCAUUACAUUACGCAGCUUUAAACGGUCACAAGCUUACAAUUGAAAUGCUACUGGACAGCACUGGAACUAUUAGUUCCCAUGACAGCAGACAGCAGCCGUUGUCAUCCACCACCCCGCUUCACUUUGCCGCUUUCCAUGGGCACAACCCCGCACUGCGAGCCCUCAUGUCUGCGUAUAAAAACUUAAACGCAAAAGAUGAUAACGGAUGUACGCCGUUAGAUCUUGCUUCGUACGCAGGUCAUACGGAGUGUGUGAACACUCUACUGACGAGUGAGAAUCAAGCAGAUGUACUCGUCUACUCGCACAAGUCACGAAGAACAGCUCUACACGCAGCAGCAUAUAACGGACACACGGAAUGUUUGAAGUUAUUGUUACAAAAUGCAGAAGCUGAAGGAGUGGUCGACUGUUUGGAUGGACAGGAUAGAACGCCGCUAAUGUUAGCUGUGAUGAAUGGGCACAGAGACAGCGUUUUACUGCUGCUGGAACAAGCUGCGAAUGCAAAUGCUGUUGACAUAAACGGACGCACUGCCGCACAUCGUGGAGCGAUAUGCGGUCAGGAAGAAUGUGUCGAUGCACUAUUGAAUGCUGAAGCAAAUCCGAGCGCUAGGGAUUUCAUUGGUCGUACUCCCAUUACAUAUUCAUCUAUAUGCGAUCACAUUGGUAUUCUCGGUACGUUAAUCCAAUCCGGUGGUGAUGCGUAUGGUUUAGAUAAUCGGAAAUACUCCGCUCUUCACUGGGCUUGUUACGUUGGUAAUGAAAGUUGUGCUGAGUUACUACUUGAGGAAAAUUCGAAGCAAGCGUUUGUCGGUAACUCAUUCUCUCCAGUACACUGUGCGAGUUGUCGUGGUAACGAUUCCUGCCUUGAAGUUCUGCUCGACACGCUCGGUAGUGAUAUCGUAAAUACUAAAGAUUCAAAAGGGAGAACUCCGUUACAUGCAGCUGCGUUCAGUGACAGUGCGGAUUGUCUGCAAUCUUUAAUUGAACACGGAGCCGAUACCAAUGGUUUGUGUAGCAAUGGUGAAACUGCUAUAAUGAUGGCAGCAAAACGAGGACACCAAAAUGUACUUGAUGCACUAAUUGAAGCAGACGCGAAUGUGAAUAUGUCAAAUAAACAACAAAACAACGCCCUUCAUAUGGCGUGUUUACACGGUCACCAAACAUGCGCGUUGCAGAUUCUUGACAAAAUCAGUGAUGACGUCAUCAGUGCUGCAAACUUGGAUGGACAAACGCCUCUCCACAUCGCAGCAAAACACGGUUUACCUCACGUUGUUGGAGCCCUUGUUGACAGAGGCGCAAAUGUCAUCGCUGAAGACAAAGAAGGUUACUGGCCUGCCAUGUCCUGCGCUCCAUCGAAAGAAGUGGCUGAAUGCUUGCGUGUAAUAUUAUUGGCGAUGUUGCCGCCAUCUACUGAUACGUCGUUGUCGUCGACGUUACAACGGGCGUCGAUAUCAAAAGCUGAACCUGACGACAUGAACGUCGACGAUUAAGUUAUGUGUUCGAAAUGCGAAGAAAGUUUCCCAAAGCCCGAUUUUCUAUUUUUAACGCCGAUAUUUCGUCCUUUACGACUAAAAAUUAUUAUUCCUGUCAAUGGGCACUGGAUUUGUACAUAUAUGCACAUGAAAAUUUUUUUUAUCAUUUACUUUUCGUAGUAGCAUGUGGGAUUCUCUCUUUUACCUUAUUCACAUAUUUUACCUGGGGAACUCGCUUUUGAGUUUUCGAGCACAAGUUUUCAUAUAUUUUUAUAUUGUGUAGUGCUUGUUUAGAUGGUUUUGUAAACAAAAAGCAGUUGAAAGAAAAUCAAAUCAAGGUAAAA